AUGAUCAUGGAUGGUCAGAUGGUCAUGACGAUGGCUUUUUCUUGUGUAAGAGCCAAGGUCAUGAGUGGAUUCUUUCUCCCUCUCUCUCGGGCGAGUGCCCGAGAGAGAGCACAAGAGAAAGCGUCGUGGGAGACGGCGGAUCGCCCAAUGGGGAAAUCCGUAACGAAUAUUACAGUACCUUGUAUGUACCCAGCACCUAAGCAGCUGCUGCUAUUGAAGCUGGAGAGUUUGCGCUAUGCUCUCUCAGCCCACGAGUCCUCCGUUUUUCUACGAGUCAAGCCGGUCUUGGGGUCAGGCAGGUACAAGAAACUAGGUCGCCUAGCUUCUGUUAGUCACGAUGGCUAA